AAACCAGGUAGCUAGCUAGCCCUCCACCCCCCCUUUUUAAGUGUGCGUUAAAGCAAUAACAAAGUCAUUGAAAAUAACUUUUAAGUCGGUGCAGUAGCUGUUCUGUUUCCCAGCAGUGUAUGUAGGCAGCUGAUAAGUUGUCACACGAAGACAUGGCGUCGUCGGAGGGGACAGGAGCAGUGUUAAGCCCGGGUGAUGCUAUACCCACCGCCGAGUGCACGGUACCCGCUUGCAUGUUUGCACCGGACCGGGGGUGCGCGGACGAUCCAUACGGGGAAGAGAGCCUAAACGACGGCGGGGGUACCAACGGCGAGUCCCAGGGUCUUUUAGACUUGAGCAACAAGCUGCUGCUGGUGAGUCCGACGGGGGAACAGUACGACGCACUGCUGCGACAUCUACGGGAGCGGCUAGACGAGGGCUGCGGGGAGACCAUCUAUGUGGUUGGAAUGGGCUCCGACGGCGGUGACUGCGGUCUGAACGACAAGGACAUGGAGGCGUCCGUCGCCACGGUGAGGUCACUGUGCGAGCAGAUCGAGGCCGACCUCAUCUUGCUGAGAGAGAGGACGGAGGCGGGCAGAAAGAUCAGCGACUACCUCAUCCGCCGGCGUGUGGACGAGCAGGACUUCCUGGAAGUCAGGGUGGCGGUGGUGGGCAACGUGGACGCCGGCAAGAGCACACUGCUCGGCGUUCUGACCCACGGCGAGCUGGACAACGGCCGAGGCUUUGCUCGCCAGAAGCUCUUCAGGCACAAGCACGAGAUGGAGAGCGGCAGGACCAGCAGCGUGGGCAACGACAUCCUGGGUUUCGACCAUGAGGGGCAGGUGGUCAAUAAGCCCGACAGCCACGGUGGCAGCUUGGACUGGACCAAGAUCUGCGAGAAGUCCUCCAAGGUCAUCACCUUCAUCGACCUGGCGGGGCACGAGAAGUACCUCAAGACCACCGUGUUUGGAAUGACCGGGCACCUGCCCGACUUCUGCAUGCUCAUGGUUGGCAGUAACGCUGGCAUCGUGGGCAUGACCAAAGAGCAUCUGGGCCUCGCUCUGGCACUGAACGUCCCGGUGUUUGUUGUGGUUACCAAGAUAGACAUGUGUCCCGCCAACGUCCUGCAAGAAACCCUCAAAUUGUUACAGAGGCUGUUGAAGUCUCCGGGCUGCAGAAAAAUCCCAGUGUUGGUGCAGAACAAAGACGACGUCAUCGUCACGGCGUCCAACUUCAGCUCGGAGAGGAUGUGUCCAAUAUUCCAGAUUUCGAACGUAACGGGGGAGAACAUGGACCUUCUGAAGAUGUUCCUGAACCUCCUCUCCUCCAGAACCAACUUCAAUGACGACGAGCCUGCAGAGUUCCAAAUAGACGACACGUACUCUGUACCGGGUGUCGGCACCGUGGUAUCAGGAACGACGUUGCGAGGAAGGAUCCGUCUGAAUGACACGCUGCUUCUAGGCCCGGACCCGCUGGGCACCUUCAUCCCCAUCGCCGUCAAGUCCAUCCACCGUAAGAGGAUGCCCGUCAAAGAGGUCCGCGGCGGGCAGACUGCGUCAUUUGCCCUCAAAAAGAUCAAACGCUCGUCCAUAAGGAAAGGGAUGGUGAUGGUCUCCCCGAAGCUGACCCCGCAGGCCACCUGGGAGUUUGAAGCAGAGAUCCUGGUGCUCCACCACCCCACCACCAUAUCCCCUCGCUACCAAGCCAUGGUCCACUGCGGCAGCAUCCGUCAGACCGCCACCAUCCUGACCAUGAACAAAGACUGUCUGAGGACCGGCGACAAGGCCUCGGUCCACUUCCGCUUCAUCAAGACCCCCGAGUACCUGCACUGUGACCAGAAGCUGGUGUUCAGGGAGGGGCGCACCAAAGCCGUGGGCGCCAUCACCAAGCUCCUGCAAUCCGUCAACACCCAGGCAGCCAAGGCGCAGCAGGCCAAGAUGCAGGCCAGCAAGAAGUGCACCGAGGAGGGGCGGCCACCCAGUCCCAGCACGGCAGCCUCGCUCACGCUCAAGUCGGGAGGCGGCGGACGGCGGCGAGGUGGCCAGAGACACAGAGGGAAGGGAGGCGUGAACGCGGCCACGACACCUCCGGUGGUCCCAGCGGCAGCGGCGGGCUCUGUUUAAAUGUUUCACAUGCGCAGGAAGGGAAGGUGACUGACUGGACACACUCUUUAUCAUGACUGUUGGCAGUGUUUGGCCACUGGAGGGCGCCCCUUCCUCUUUUAAACAGCAGUAUUUCCUGGCGCGUUCUCUGCUUAACACAACUAAGCCAACUUUGUUUCAUAGUUGAGGGGUAAAUAUUGUAUUUAUCUAAUUGAUUGGCAGAAUUCACAGAAUCUACAUGCAACACCUUACCAGCAAUCUUCAAGCACCAUCGUCUCGUUUGGUCUAAAUGCCCCCAAAAAAAGUCACACACAGUUUGUCAGUAUUUUGUACAAAGUAAAUCAAACUACUAACAGGAAUGUGACAUCAGUUCCGUGUUUGUUUGUGUUUAAAAGGGCAAACGAGUUGCCUCACUGACUGAAAUGUUCAAAUUGUAGCGUGUUCAAUAAGCUAAGCAGCGCAUCGCCGGUGCCUUUGACGGCCCCCCCUUAAACCGAGCGAGCACCUCGUUCCUCGCACUGACCUGAGGUAACCAGUGUGAGCCAGGACAAUCUAAGUCUUGCUUUUUGUUUUAUCUUUGCAAAAAAAAAAAAAAGCGGCAUUGUUGAACACAGUGCAUGUUCAAGUUCAAUUCUUGUCGUUUAAAUUAAACGGCUGUAGUUUGUGUUGUAAAUCCUUUUCAAUAAAUCUGCUGCAAAAACGUAUUACA